UAUUUUUUUUUUCUUAAUCGAAAAUAUUAAUUAAAUUGCUCUUUAUAUUUCAUGAAAUCGAGUGGUUGUAGUAAAAUAAAUAAGUAGAAUAAAUAAAAAUUUCAGUUCAACAUUAGUAGGUUCGUCCAGUAGCUACCGUCCAAACCUAGCGGUCAGAAGGAUGACAGUUUGCGCUCAAAGCCCAGUCGAAUUUUCACCGAGUUUAUUUCAUGUCAUUUACCUCACUUAAAUAGUUUAAACGUUAAUGAUCACAAACUCUAUUCGAAUAAUAAUAAUAAAAUUUUUUUUUAAUUAAAUUUAUUUGUUUUGUCGAUACAUGGGCCAAGUCUGGCAACCAAGCAUGGAUCAGGGCUGGCAACCAAGCCUGGCCCGAUGUUAUCAUUCCAGACUUCUACCAAAGCUGAAACAAGUUUGGUCCAGAGAUCUACAUAGUUGAAUGGAGACAUCAAAUUUCAUAACAAAUUUCCUUGAUAAAUCAAUCAUGAGGACAAAUACAAUAGCUAGAUUUUAGAAAAAUCCACUUAAAAACGAGAUUUUUAAUUUUCAUAGUGGGAAAUUAAAAAAUACUGCAGUAUGAAAAAAUCUAAUUCUUUUCAUUUUCGUUAAUGAAUAAAGAAUUUUAUUAAUAGACAACAAAUUAAUAAAAUAAUGUACAAUAUAUAAAAUAAAAAGAUAUUAGUACCGAAAUGAUAGGAAACUUAGAUAAAAUUCAAGUACGAGUUUUAGUGCAUUUCAGGAGUAUUGAAUUUCACGGGGCGUUAAGCAUAAAUUCUAUAAAGGCAGUAUAACACAAGUAAAUCAGUCACUAGUUCAUGUUAUUAAAAUCAUGUUAAAAAUAAUUAUUUCUCUAAUUUUAAUUAUCAUUGAAAAAUCAAAUGAAAGCGAUUAUGAACCCACUUGUAAUGAUAUUGAAAGUAAAUCAGCUGACUUACAAUUAAGAAGGCAUUUAUUUUGUGAUUAUGACCCAACUUUACGUCCCAGUUUAAGUGCUCACAGUACUUUAAAUGUUGAUGUUCGUUUUAUUCCUAAAUUCAUUGAUUUUAGUGAUAUUUCUAAUAGCAUUGAUUUUCAUACAUGGCUUAUACUAACUUGGGACGACGUACAUCUUCAUUGGAAUCCAGAUGAAUUCGCAGGUAUUACUCUUCAUCAUGUAAAAAGUAAUGAAAUUUGGGUUCCUGACUUCACUGUUUUUAAUUCAGGAGAUUUAAGUUUAGAUCAAAGUAAUAUGCCGUUGACUGAUUGUAUUUUAUCAAAAAAUGGCACGGUUCAAUGUGCCAUCUCAAGAGUCUUUACAGCUCAUUGUCCUGCUGAUUUUUCUGAUUGGCCAUACGAUAAUCACAAUUGCACUUUACAUUUUGGAUCUUGGCUGUAUUUUGGCGAUGAAAUUAAUUAUCGUUUCGAGGAAGAUGCGAUUUUGAUGGAGGAAUUUGUUCAGAGUAAUGAGUGGAAUGUAAAAAUAGGUAACCUGGCAAAAUCGUCUGAAAUAUAUGAGACUUCAUUAGAUUCAAUGUUAUUUAUGAAUGUUGAAAUUCAAAGACGUUCAACUAGAGGAAUUUUAAUUUACAUAACACCAGCAAUUGUUCUUAGUAUUCUUACUGUAUUAGCCCUAUGCCUUGAUUUUAGUUCUCCAGAACGAACAACAUUAAUAAGUACUAAUUUUAUAUGUCAUAUUUAUUGUAUUUUCGAUUUACAUUGGUAUCUACCAUCAAAUAAUGCGGUUGGAUCACCAAAAAUACUUAUUUUCUACGAAACAUCUCUGAUAAUUACUGCAUUUACAUUGAUUUUUACGGCUUUCAUGCGCAAAAUUUACGCGCUUACAGUUCCAACACCUCAAUGGAUUGUUUUUACAGUUGAUUUUAUUUAUAAUUGUCCGAUUGGUCAAUAUUUAAAAAUUAAAAGUCUCUGUAAAAAAGAGGCAAAUAUUUCAAACGACACUGAUAAUCAAACUGAGCAAUUACAAAAUAAUGACACUCUGUGGAUGGAAUGUGUAAAUCUAUUGGAAUUGCUGGCUUUUGUUUCUAUAAUAAUUACAUAUAUCAUUUUACUUGGACUUCUUACGCCAGCUACUCCACGUAACAUAAUGGAACUAUAUGUUUUUUAGAAACUUUGUCCCCCUGAUUAGAAAAAAGUUUGGAAAAUCGAAAAGUUCACGGUUCAUAACGCUUAUUAAAAAAUACAAAAUAAUUUAUUAUUUAAAUAUUCUACCGAAGGAAUUAGAAUUGGAUAAAUAAAUAAAUAAAAAAGAUAAA